AUGGCUCAAACUUUGGAACAUCAGCCGAAUGUUGGUGAGAAUGUUGUUUCUCGCAAUUUGGAUACCUUUCAAAGGGAGAAUCCUCCUGUGUUUAAGGGAACUCAUGAUCCUGAUGGCACAUUGACUUGGCUAAAGAAGAUUGAGAGAAUCUUUCGUGUGAUGGAUUGUACUCUAGAUCAGAAGGUUCGGUAUGGGACUCAUAUGCUAGCGGUUAAGACUGGUGACUGGUGGCUAGAGACUCGUCAGAGGUUGGAGGCUAAUGGUGAGGAGAUCACUUGGGUUGUGUUCCGUAGGGAGUUCUUGAGGAAGUACUUUCCUGAAGAUGUCUGUGGCAAGAAGGAAGUCAAAAUUCUUGAGUUGAGGCAAGGGAAUAAGUCGGUUGUGGAGUAUGCUGCCAAGUUUGGUGAGUUGGCUAAGUUUUAUCAACACUAUGAUGGACCAGAUGAGGACAACAAUGCUCAUUAUCGGGUUACCAAUGAAAAGCGGGGAAAGAGUCAACAAGUCAGUGACAAGCCUUAUGAUGCUCCAGUUGGAAAGGGUAAGUAG